ACCACGUAGAUCAAAGGUCAUUUCUAUAAACUAUGGUGGCUUCGUAGACUCGUUGACAGCAGCAGUCAAAAUGACUAGAAAAAAUGGAGUAAGAUUUUUGGUAUUGCUUAGUACUGUUUAUAUACUGGGUGGCCAGUCAAGAGAAAUUGACCCAUGUCUCACGUACUCUAACCUCAGUGAUCCAUUGAGGAGCACGUUCCAGCAACCAAGACAGACAGAUACUCUAUUAUGUGAUCGGUACCUGGUCCAAGGCUGGUAUAGAUUCUUAGAUGGAUUAAUUCCAACUACAUGUAUUGAACCCUUCCGAUGUGGAACCCAAGCACCCAUCUGGAUGAAUGGCACCAUUCCAAGUCCUAGAGAUGGAAUUGUAAAACGUAACACAUGUGUAAAUGCUCGUUCAGGAACAGAUUUUGCAGGAACGUGUUGUUCUAUAACAAUACCUAUAGAUGUUAGAAAUUGUGGUGAAUUUGUUAUUUACAAUCUACGUAAUACACCAGGAUGUCCCAUGUCUUACUGUGUUGAAUCACCACCACAAUUACCAUCAGCACCAAGGCUAAUCGGUCCAGAGAUUAUUGGUAAUCUAUUCCGGUUCGCUUGUACUAUAUCAUUCCCGGCUGGAGCUAGUGACGUAGCUUUUGACAUCACGUGGUCGUUUGAUGGUCAACCAUUCAACGGCGUUCCCGCUACUUCCAUCACUGGAGAUGAUCGGGUUUCAUAUCUUGAUCAAGAACACUGGAAAGGAAACGUGGGGAAAACGCUGCGAUGUCAUGUACGGGCCUUUCAUACGUCAAUGCCGAGUGUUAAAGGUAGUUUUAUUGAGAGUGAUGGUUAUUGGGGCGGAAUGAUGGUAUCACCAAACACUAUAUCAGUAUCAGAGAGUGGUGAUGAACAAACUGUAAAUGUAACCUGUACUUUACCUGUUCUAUGUCACCAUAAAAGAGAGUGUGCUAUUCAUUUAACAAUGGACGUUCAGCGGGGUUCUUGGGAGGAUAUAGUUGCUGUGAGAGAUUGUCGUCUGAAAUUAAAUAGAGAUGACUGGAACCCCGUUAAAAGAUCCGCGAUGACAGUUACCAGUAUCAUGGCAACACGAGAUUUUGUUGAUGAUGGUGACCAGCAACUUUUACUCAACUUCAAUCCCGACUUUUCAGCCGCUUCUGAUAUCUGGCAGGGCUACUCUUUUCCUGGAGUUAAGGUGAUGACAUUGGAUGGUAUAACAAGUCGAUGCUAUGCCUUUUCUGAUCCACAUAUCCGAGGACUCGAGCGUAUCGGAGUUUAUCAUUUGUAUGAAGAAGGUGAUUAUAUAUUUCUUAGAAAUAAGAGACGAGCUUUUGAAAUCCAUAUAAGAUCAUGGCCAUGUGUUGGACGUGGUUGCAUUUGUGCUGUAGUUAUUAGAGAGGGAAAUGAUGUUAUAUCGGUAGAUGUUUGUGAUAAUACUGAUGGUAAUACACCCGCUAAACUCAGAGUUUUAUCAGGACAGGAUGUGGCACAAGGUACCAAAAUACAAAGAUCUAGAGAUGGCCAGACAUUCAUGAUAACCUUUGAAUCUGGUAAUUGGUUGAGAGUAAAGGAUUUUCGAGCUUAUUUAAAUGUAGAGGUACAAGCUACAUCUAGAGACUAUGGUGCACUAGAAGGUAUUUGUGGAACCUUUGAUAACAAUAAAAGAAAUGAAUUUAUCUCUCCUAAUGGUAUGAUAUUUGCGGAUUCUGAUAUUCCUGUAGAUUUCAUGAGAUCUUGGAGAAUACCAACUGAACAAAGUUUAUUCACAGGUCAAUUUCAAAGAAUAGCGACAACCACAUUAUCCAGACCCGUGCUUCAGCCAUAUCAAUGUAUGUGUAAAACGUCAUCAAAUCUUGCAGAAUGUGCAACAGCUAAGGCUAUACAGGAUCCUAAUACCUUGACAAUAACCAACUAUAUGGAUAUAACCAUAGCAGUAACAACCGAAUCUCAUGACGUCAAAACAGAAGUUCCGUCAACCAGAGGAAAUGGACGAGAAUUUUUGAAUGUGAUGGGUGGAGGGUUACCUACCGUGAGUUUAACAGAAUCUGAUGCCCGAGUUAUCUGUAGAAAUAGUAUUAUAAAUAUUACAUUGGGCGUUGAUUGUGCUACUACACUCAAUCUUCAUCUGGAUGGAUUUAUAUCAUCAUGCGUGCAAGAUACAAUGCUAACCGGAAAUGAUUUCUUCGUAAGAGGUAUGGUUGCAGCAUUUGAAGUAGCCUGUCAGGAGGCUAUUCUUAGAAAUAUAUCAAGCUAUAAACAAGAUGGUAUCGGACGUCGUGUUCCACCAGAGGCAGUCACAACAUUAAUGUGUCCUAACCAGUGUAGUCUGAGAGGACGGUGCGGUGAUGGAAUUUGCAGAUGUAAUCCGGGUUAUGCCGGUGAUGACUGUUCUGUGGAGAGCAGUCGUCCUCCAAAAGUUAUUUAUAUUAAUGGUUAUGGGAUUUGUGAUGUGGAUCAGAGACCAUGCGGUGUUGCUAUCCUCAUCGUUGACAAUUUUAUGGAAACCCCUGAUACGAUUUGUCAAUUACGGGAAGUUGAAGAAGUCAACAGUGUCCAUAGACCACAAGGAAUCAGAGUGACGGUUCCUGUCGAAUUUCAGAGUAAUAGAGAAGUCAUUUGUCAUCUUUUGGAUUCUCAAGUUUCGAAAGACGUGUCUGUGAGGAGAUAUUUUUUGUCAGUAUCAACGGACGGUCAGAGAUUUAGUAAUGAAGUAAUUUACACUGUUUAUGAUUCUACCUGUCAUCGAUGUACAAGGAAUGGCACGUGCUCUUUAAAGGCAGAGACAUGUCUUAUUGGUGAUAAAUGUUGGCAGAUGAACCAACCAAAUCCGCUUAACGCUAACCAAAUAUGUGACCCUUCGGUUAACUCUAUGGAUUGGACUCUAAAAGCAGUGACAACAGAAAGUCCGACAAGUCCGACUACAACCUCGGUCGUAUAUAUACCUGCAUUGGUCUAUAGUACGGUUAUAGUUCCUACGACAUCAGAAGUUCCAAGCACAACUCAAAGCACGGGCACGGUGCUUAGUACCACAGCAGUUCCCAAACUUACCAACACAACGACACUUCCCUAUUUAGUUCAAAGUGAUGAAAUUCCAGAGUCUGCACAGCAACCAGUAGACAAAUGUAAUUAUAAAAACAUCAUUAAAUACUAUGAUAGAUGGGAUAUCUGGACAAGUAAUAGGACAGGAUGUCCAUGUGAUUCUAGUGAUUCUAUUGGAGAAUGUGCAUGUUGUGAAGUAGGGGCGUGUCGCUGUCUAUCACCUAACGCCAACCAGUGUACAAGAUGUGGUGAAGAAGAAGCCGGCUGUAACAAAAGACUCGUAUCGCCAGAAUUUGGUAUUGAUGGCUGGACUAAAAGUCUGGACGGAUGUCAAUGUCCAUAUAAUCAGUUCCGGUAUAACUGUGCAUGUUGUCAGAAUGGAGCGUGUCACUGUGGAGAACGUAAUAUAAAUCAGUGUGCGCCAUGUUGGAACACCGGGGUUUGUGGCUCCAAGCCUGAUGUAUUCGGAACGUCGUAGAGUUAUUUUAUUCAAUUUGCCAAUCUUUCUAAAAUAAAAUCUUUUUCCUUGAACUAACUAAAUGCCUCUUAGUCAGUCGUUACUUAUGACUGUACUAGAAAGAGCUAUACUAGUACCAUAGAUAUACCAAUAAUAACUAGUAUAGUAACUAACUAGUAUAUAUAUAUAUAUAUAUAUAUAUGUAUAUAUGUAUAUAUAUAUAUAUAUAUAUAUAUAUAUAUACUAGUUAGUAAGACAAUCUUACCACAAUCCUUGUAAGGUUUUAAUUCUUUAUUUCACAACUACCAAAUCUUUCAACACACCCGCUGUUGAAAGAUUUGGUAGUUGUGAAAUCAAGAAUUAAAACCUUACAAGGAUUGUGGUAAAACUUUUCUCACAGUUGUUACAAAGAUAUUAAAGUUUUUCUUCGCUUAUUUUGAGACUUUUUUUUGCUUUUUGUUUUUGCUUUUUUUUUAUAUAUAUAUAUAAAAAAUCUUGAACGUAGCCAGAAUGUCAACUGUUUGUAAAUAAAUUUGUGAAAUGUGGAAGUCAUACCAUUAUCAUUGCAAAGUUUUUACCGAUAUACGAUGGGUAGGCAUUGUCUUUUUUGAGACUUUUUUUUAUCCAUAUUGUUUCCAAUUUAAUGACUUUUCAACAUUUUUCUGUGUUUGUAAAUGUGAGAAUAAUGAAGUUGAGAAAUUGGAGGUCUUACAAAUAUCCACACGUUGAUGAAACGUGUUUAAUUGUUUUCGAUAUUAUUAUCUUAAAUUCUUAAUCUAUUUCAUUAAAUUUUAUACUCCCA